CGGCGCCUCCCCCUCGCGAUCGUUUCCCGCUCGGCCCGUGGCCUCCCCGACACCAUGUCCGGCUUUGCCGUGGGCUCUCACUCCCGGAACGAGCUCCAUGUCACGAAUGGUGGCGCUGCUGACGAACACCGCUCUCCUCCCCGCCAAAACGCGGCCAGAACCUGCCGCGUCUGCGGCGACGAGAUCGGCCUGAAGGACGACGGCGCUCCGUUCGUCGCCUGCCACGAGUGCGGCUUCCCCGUCUGCCGCCCCUGCUACGUCUACGAGCGCAGCGACGGCACCCAGUGCUGCCCCCAGUGCAACGCCCGCUACAAGCGUCACAAAGGGUGCCCUCGGAUCCCGGGAGACGACGAGGACGACCACUUCGAAGGCGAGGAUUUCGAGGACGAGUUUCAGAUCAGGAACCGCGGCGAGAAUGCAGUUCGCCCCACCGGUUUCGAUCGUUCGGAGAAUGGGGACAGUCAUGCGCCGCAAGUCCAUCCGAAUGGUCAGGUUUUCUCUUCGGCCGGAAGCGUCGUCGGCGCGGAGUUGGAAGGAGAAGGCAAUGCGGAGUGGAAGGAGAGGAUCGAGAAGUGGAAAAUCAGGCAAGAAAAGAGGGGCCUAGUGGGCAAGGACGAUGGCGGGAACGGCGAUGGAGAGGAAGAUGACUACCUGAUGGCUGAAGCUCGGCAACCACUUUCGAGAAAAGUACCGAUUUCUUCGAGCAAAAUAAGCCCAUACCGAAUUGUCAUCGUCCUGCGCCUCGUAGUCCUAGGCUUUUUCCUCCAUUUCCGUAUCUUAACCCCUGCAACUGAUGCAUUCCCUCUAUGGCUUAUCUCAGUUAUAUGUGAAACAUGGUUUGCCUUGUCGUGGAUUCUUGAUCAAUUCCCUAAGUGGAACCCGAUAAACAGAGAAACUUAUUUGGAUAGAUUAUCCAUAAGGUUUGAGAGGGAGGGUGAGCCCAGUCGCUUAGCUCCUGUGGAUGUGUUCGUCAGUUCUGUGGACCCUCUUAAGGAACCACCAAUAAUCACUGCAAAUACUGUCCUCUCAAUCCUGGCCGUUGAUUACCCGGUGGACAAAGUUUGUUGCUAUGUAUCUGAUGAUGGCGCUUCGAUGCUGCUUUUUGACACUCUCUCUGAAACUGCUGAGUUUGCGAGGAGGUGGGUCCCAUUCUGCAAGAAGUAUAGCAUCGAGCCGAGGACUCCAGAGUUUUACUUUUCUCAAAAGAUUGAUUACCUGAAAGAUAAGGUGGAGCCCAGCUUUGUGAAGGAACGUAGAGCCAUGAAAAGAGAGUAUGAAGAGUUCAAAGUGAGGGUCAAUGCAUUGGUGGCAAAAGCUCAGAAAAAACCUGAAGAAGGAUGGGUAAUGCAAGAUGGUACCCCCUGGCCUGGAAAUAAUACGCGCGAUCAUCCUGGCAUGAUCCAGGUUUAUUUGGGAAGUGCUGGAGCAUUGGACGUGGAAGGUAAGGAGUUGCCUCGACUUGUAUAUGUGUCCCGUGAGAAGCGACCUGGUUACCAGCACCACAAGAAGGCUGGUGCAAUGAAUGCUCUGGUUCGAGUGUCGGCAGUGCUAACAAAUGCACCCUUCUUGUUGAACUUGGAUUGUGACCACUACAUCAACAACAGUAAGGCUAUCAGGGAAGCUAUGUGUUUUCUAAUGGAUCCCCAACUUGGAAAGAAGCUUUGCUAUGUUCAAUUUCCUCAGAGGUUCGAUGGCAUUGAUCGACAUGACAGAUAUGCUAAUAGGAACAUAGUUUUCUUUGAUAUCAACAUGAGAGGGCUUGAUGGGAUACAAGGACCAGUGUAUGUUGGAACUGGAUGUGUGUUCAAUCGGCAGGCAUUGUAUGGGUAUGAUCCUCCAGUGUCCCAAAAGCGGCCAAAGAUGACAUGUGAUUGCUGGCCUUCAUGGUGCUCUUGUUGCUGCGGUGGUUCAAGGAAGUCAAAGUCAAAGAAGAAGGAUGAUACGAGUUUGCUUGGGCCUGUUCAUGCGAAGAAGAAAAAGAUGACAGGAAAGAACUACUUGAAGAAGAAAGGGUCUGGACCUGUCUUUGAUCUAGAAGACAUUGAAGAAGGACUUGAGGGUUUUGAUGAGCUAGAAAAAUCAUCGCUCAUGUCUCAGAAGAAUUUUGAGAAGCGGUUUGGACAGUCACCUGUAUUCAUUGCCUCCACACUAAUGGAAGAUGGUGGCUUGCCAGAAGGGACUAACUCCACUUCACUUAUUAAGGAAGCUAUCCAUGUCAUAAGUUGUGGCUAUGAAGAGAAAACAGAAUGGGGCAAAGAGAUUGGAUGGAUUUAUGGCUCUGUUACAGAAGAUAUCUUGACAGGCUUCAAGAUGCAUUGUAGAGGGUGGAAGUCUGUAUAUUGCAUGCCCAAAAGACCAGCUUUCAAGGGAUCAGCACCUAUAAAUCUGUCAGAUCGACUCCAUCAAGUUCUGAGAUGGGCUCUUGGCUCCGUUGAGAUUUUCCUCAGUCGUCAUUGUCCUUUGUGGUAUGCUUGGGGAGGAAAACUCAAACUGCUUGAGAGGCUUGCCUAUAUCAACACCAUUGUCUACCCUUUCACUUCCAUUCCUUUGCUUUUCUACUGUACAAUACCUGCCGUUUGCCUUCUCACUGGGAAAUUCAUUAUCCCCACGCUCACUAACUUUGCGAGCAUAUGGUUCUUGGCCCUUUUCCUAUCCAUCAUAGCCACUGGCGUGCUUGAACUACGGUGGAGUGGUGUCAGCAUCGAGGACUGGUGGCGUAAUGAACAAUUCUGGGUCAUUGGUGGCGUAUCUGCACACCUCUUCGCUGUAUUCCAAGGCCUCCUCAAGGUGCUUGCCGGAGUUGAUACUAACUUCACUGUUACAGCAAAGGCAGCCGAGGACAGUGAGUUUGGUGAACUCUACCUUUUCAAGUGGACUACCCUGCUCAUACCACCAACCACUCUAAUAAUCUUGAACAUGGUCGGUGUCGUCGCCGGUGUUUCGGAUGCCAUAAACAAUGGAUACGGAUCGUGGGGCCCUCUGUUCGGGAAGCUCUUCUUCGCCUUUUGGGUGAUCGUCCAUCUCUACCCUUUCCUCAAAGGUCUGAUGGGAAAACAGAACAGGACACCCACGAUCGUGGUCCUUUGGUCCGUACUUCUCGCCUCUAUUUUCUCAUUGGUCUGGGUCCGGAUCGAUCCAUUCCUGCCGAAGCAAACUGGUCCAGUUCUCAAACCGUGUGGGGUGGAGUGCUGAUUCUGGCGUCGGAUUUCAUUCAACACGCCGUCUCUCCGACCCGAUUAGAUGUGUCGCUUUACGGAGCUGUUUCUUUCUGUCUCUUACUUGGGACAUAUUGUAAUGCACUAGGGGAAAUCUUCCCGAUUGAAAUCUCUUGAUUAGCAUAGGUUUUGCUUGAAGAGUGUGGAACUGAAAUGUGCAAAGUCCUGCUUUUGAACUUUUUGCAAUAUAUUCUGCUCAAGAUUAAGCACUUGCC